GAAUACCUUUUGAAGAAAUAGAACACGUCAAAAGUUUCAUUGGCUCUGCUCAGAGCCUCAGACAUCAUAGCAAGCACAGCAUCAAUCGUCACCGAGAAAACAGGUGACCAAAUAUUUCUAAAGCACAGCCCUCUCAUCAUCCACCUCCAUCUCAUCUCCAUUGAACUGCAUGGACUUCACCAACCUUCUUAUCACGGUGCUCCUCCUACUCUCUCCUCUCAAAUACGAAUCCGAUGUUGCCACAGCAAGUGAUGAUGAAGACUUCUUCAAGACUUGUUCAUCCCAGCGGUGCAGCAAGCAUGGACCAGAGAUCAGGUACCCGUUCCGUCUUUCGACACAACCUCCAUCAUGCGGUGCACCUGGUAUGCAAUUAUCAUGCUCUGGACAAGACACCAUCCUGGAUCACCCUGUUCUUGGUUCCUGCAAAGUGACCAUGAUAUAUUACAGGCAUGUUAUCAUGAACGCCAUUCCACUUGUAGAUUCCUUACCUCACUGCCCACUUCAGAAGCUCGUGUCAGUAAAUCAAUCAACUGCUGUGUACAAACCUCAUACGUCGGAAGUUGCAAGUGUAGUAGGUUGUUCAAGAGAUUCCAUAGACACAAACCAAUAUGGUAUAGUUGGCCCAACCUCUUGCCCCAGCCUCGCUAACAACGCAAGCCAGUUCUGGUAUUUGGCAUAUCCCUAUACAUACAUGUCUAUUCUUCCAUUGGGCUGCACAAUUGUUUCCAAAGACAUCCCAAUGCCCUACAGUUACGAUAAAAAUGGUCCAAACUUUGACAUCUCAAUCUUCACCGAAACAGCAAAAAGAGUCAUCAGCACUGGUGAGACUGUAUUCACUUGGUACACAAGUAACGUUACUAGUAUUUGCCAACAAUGUGAACGUGAAGGUCGGCGUUGUGGCUUUAGCUCUCAAAGGAAUCAAGCAUUCUGCCAGCAUCAUAGUAUGUCUCUUUCUCAAGUAUAAAUUCAGUUUCAUUAUGAUGACUUGUUUUAGUUUGAAUUUUCACUUCUCUAUCUAUUACAUCUCUUAUUUCUCGAGUAUUCAGUUUUCAAACUAUCCAGGAUAUUUUUCACAAAUAGUCAAACUAUCUAGCAAACUGUGAAUCAGCCAAAGGCUAGCUUGGAUGAACAUUUUGGUUCUAGGUUCACAACUGCAAUUUUUCUCAAAGAAAAUUUCAUCAAGAGAUGAUAAUGUCUGAUCAUUAUGAAAAUCAAUAUUUUUUUUUGUAAAAUUCUCAUAGAAAAGGUUAUAAGCAAUGGCAGCACAUUUUAGCAGAUAGCAAUGAUCUAAAGAGCAAGCUUUAUUUGUAUUACUCUAGACAUUGGUAUUAACUUAGAACACUAAAUUGGAUUCAUAUGGUUCAAAUUUACUAGUUUGGAAUACUGUAAUAGCUACUUGAACAUUAAAGUUAUAUGCAAAUGGCACAAUUUUACUAGUUUGGAUUACUGUGGGAGGUACUACGGUGAGAGUAGUCACCAUCUCAAUUAGACCUUUUGGUGCUAGAGAUGCACUUGAUAGUGCAGUGGCAAGGGGUGUGUGGUUUUAACCCCGAGGUCCCGUGUUCAAUCCCUAACACGCUCACAAUUUCUUCUUAAAAAAUGGUUGGAGGGACAUCUCUCCCUCCAAAUCUCCUAUUUUUUUAGACCUUUUGGUGGUAAGACCAUAGUCCUGAUUGUUAGAAAGUUGCACCCAUCGAGUAAUCAAGAAUGUACCAGUAUAAUUUACAGCAUUAACAAGUUCCCACAGUG